AUGUCCGGCGCGAGGCACUGGGAGCAGGACAAGGACUCCACCAUCUACAUCGGCAACCUCGAUGAGCGAGUCACAGAUGCUCUGGUCUGGGAAUUGUUUCUGCAAGCGGGCCGCAUCGUAAAUGUCCAUCUACCAAAGGAUCGGGUCACUCAAUCCCAUCAGGGCUAUGGCUUUGUCGAAUUCAAUUCAGAGGAAGAUGCAGAAUAUGCAGCCAGGGUCAUGAACCAAGUCAGGCUUUAUGGCAAGCCUAUCCGUGUGAACAAAGCUAGUGCCGAUAAGCAGAAGUCUGUCGAAGUGGGUGCAGAGUUGUUCAUUGGCAAUCUGGAUCCGAUGGUUGAUGAAAGAAUGCUCUACGACACAUUUGGACGUUUUGGCACGUUGGUGGCGGCUCCAAAGAUUGCUCGGGAUGAAAACAACCUGUCGAAAGGAUAUGGAUUCGUCUCUUUCGCCAACUUUGAAUCUUCGGAUGAUGCUAUCGCCAAUAUGAACGGGCAAUACCUCAUGAACAAGGAGGUCUCAGUCCAAUACGCCUAUAAGAAGGAUGGCAAAGGUGAAAGGCAUGGCGACCAAGCCGAAAGAAUGCUCGCUGCUCAAGCGAAAGCGCACGGUGUUCAACCCACUCCUGCCACGAUUCCACUGGGCGGACCAGUAUUUGGUGGCGUCCCGCAAACGCCUGUGCCCCCAGUGGGAUUUGCACAACCAGGUGGUGGUUAUCAAGCUGUCCCACCACCAGCACAAGCAAGGCCACCUCCUCCUCCCAGUACACCACUCACGGCUCCACCAAGCGGUCUUCCAGCGAGACCACCUCCGAGCCAGGCCGGAUACGGAGGACCACAAGGAUUCAUGCCACCAGGUUUCAAUCAGGUGCCUGCAGGCUUUCCACAGCCAAACGUUCUACCUGCUGGGUUUGCGCCUCCUCCAGGAUUUGGGGGUCCACAAGCUGGUACCAUACCUUCUGCGCCAGUCGUGCCGCCAGGAGGGUUUUCCGGAUACGGCAUCCGGAAGUAA